AUGAAUUUGGCCAGAAACAAGUCUUUCGACCCGCACUUGCGCGACGAUGAAGCCGCUGUGGUGGAAAACGCCAUCCGGUUGGCGAUAGACUCGAUAAUAAACGUUUUGUACGGAGUCAACGGUGCCAGGACUCGCGAGCAGCAGCGGAUGGUGGCCGACAGGGACAAAGAGAUCCAGCGGCUCGAGCGCAGGCUGGGAGAGAUGGAGCACGAGCUGCAAGCGUUACGCCGGAAAGGAUGCGCGUGCAGGCUGCCGAAGGAGCCGAGCCUGGUGAUUGGAUCACAGAGCUCAGGGGAACCGCAGCAGGGGGAGCAGAGCGGGUCCGAACCGAGCUGUUUGGACUCCGAGAUGACAGAGCAGCAGGAGUGUGAGGUGACCAUCUCCUGUGAGUAAACAUCAGCACAGCGUGGAUUCAUCAUCAGCACACUGAGAUAAAGAUUAUUUAUGAAAAUACAGUCAUUCAUGAGGAAAUGAAACGAGACAUGGAUUCUUUAUAAUAAUGAUAACUUUAUUUUUAUAGCACUUUUAAAAACAGAAGUUUACAAAGUGACAAACAGUUGGAAAGCAUCAACACAUGGAAAUAAAAACAAAAGCUCAGUUAAAAACAAGGCCUCUGAAUUGAAGGGCCACUUUCAUUUGUCAUAAGAAACCCAGAAAAUACAAGAACACUACAACAUGAAAUAGAUCAUGAGGACGAAAAUAAAAACAUAAAAUAGGUAGAAAAAGAAAUUUUAUACAAAACAGCAGGAAACAGGAUAGUGAAUAUAAAAAAGAUGAUAUUAACAGUGAUAAUAAAAUCAUUAUGAUGGUAAUAUUAAACAAAAUAACAAAAAAUGAGCAGGAAAAAAACAACCACAGAUAGCAAUACAGAGAGACACACACUCAACCAAAACGCCACUCUAUAGCCACAAAUAAUGCUCAGAACAGCACCUAACUUCAUCAACAGGACAUAUAGGGUCCCAGCCAUAGUACUAGCCACCAAACAUCUUUUUAGCUUUACCUGAUUUCUUUAACAAAGAGACUUAACACAACUCACCUACUCUCUUCCAGCAGCCGCUUGUUUGUAGUGAGACCUCAGGCCAGUCCAUUAUGGACUGCUGCGGGGUGAUGCAGCUCAAGGAACAACAUCUUUGAUCAUUUCUUAAUGGAAAUGCAAUCAGACCGAGACGCUAAAGCAGAAGAACUACAGUGUCUGCAGUGAAAAAUGAUUAUUAUGGUGAUUAUUACUUCAAGGAAAUGAUAAAGAAAUGAUCAUAAAUGUUCUUUCAUGAGCUGGGUCACCCCGCUGCAGUCCAUACACCUGCCCAAGGUCUCCGUACAAACAAGCAGCUGCUGGAAGAGAGUAGGUGAGUUGUGUUUAGUAAGCGGUCGGCAACAUUCAUCUCUUGACGGGGUGUCUAACUCUGUGUUACAGUGUGUUUGACCCUAAAUUAAUUUUAAGCCUCAAUAUCCCUUGAACUUUUUUAUCUCAGUUCUUUCUUGUCAACUGUGAUAGGAUUGAUGUCGAUCUGUCAUUUCUGCACCUAAUAAAAUCUUCCUUUUUCCCUUCCUCCACAGUGGACCUUUUUGCCCGGCCCCUCUCACAGGUCUCCUCGCAAAGCCAGGAAUCGGGUCUCCCUUAUUCUCCCAGCAGACUGGGUCUGGAUCAGACCUGCACCUCCCACUACUCAGAGUCUUCAGGUGUAUCUGAUGCAGACAGAAAUCCGCUGACAUCUCCCAACCGCAGUGUUGUAAUCAAAGAGGAGCCGUGUGAGGACACCGCUGUCAUGAUCAAGAUGGAAAUGAGCGAAGAGAGAAUCACAGAGGGUCCCGAGAGCACGAGCGGUUUUUACCAGGACACAGAGAGUCCCAGCUUAACAAGUAAUGAGACUUUUGUUUGAAACUUCAAUCUAAUUUUAUACAGAAAUAUUAAUGAGAUUACAGAAAAAUGACUGAGUUACACAGUAGCAUCUUCUCUAGCUGUAAGGGCUAACAUAGAAAGUUACUGUUGUCCCAAAUGAGUAGUGAAUGUUUGGUAUUAAAAAACUGGUUUGAUUUUUUUACUCACGUUUGUCUCUUGUGAUCGCUGCAGAAAAUCUGAACAACAGAGGAAGAAGAAGGACCAGGGAGCGGACUCAUGCAGACUCAGACAGACUCAGCGUUACCAUGGGAGGAAACCCGAGGUGAGUCGUAUGAUUCGCAUCAUAGAAUGUAUAAAACAUCAACACAUUAUCACCUGUUCAUUUCUAAAGCGUUGUGUAAAGCCUGUCUGCAGCAGUCACCGUGUUAAAAACACUGACACACGUAACUUUCGAUCGACAGAGCGAGAGGCGGAGUCAAGUAGACACACCUCAUGGUUGAAUAUUAUUAACACUAAAGCACUAAAAAUACUAAAAAUAAAAUAACUUUUCAUCCCCCAGUACAGUGUGUGUACGCUGAACUAGCUUCUAAACCAGAGGGGGACAUGCUACAAAUGACUGUGUCCAGCACCCUAACAUCGGAGAAAAGAGAAACACGCACACUUAGGGGACCAACAUAAGAACUUGGUUGAGCAUUACACUUGCAAAAUAUCAUUCCUAAGACAUAACAAUCACUUUUUCUUCAGUUUAAUUCCCCUAAUUGAUAACAAAACAUCGAAAGCCAAGAUACCUUAACUUCAAACAGUGACAGCACGCUGUAGUUAUACAGUAUCAUCUAAUGACGCGUAACUAAACCCAGUGAUCUUAUUUCUUUACUGCAGUAACAUGUGAUUUUUCUUAAAUUAUAAAAAUGCUUCAGUUUUUUCGUCCAAUAAUAAAUCUGAAACUAAAAAAUUACUUAAAGCUUCAGUCAAAAAUUAAACAUUUCUCACUCAUUUUAUUGCUUCAACAAACCUGAUCACACCAUGUACCUAACAUCCAAACAUAAAGCAGUUUUCGUGUUUAUUUGUAUGACUGUCAUAGUCGUGUUCGCUGUGGUGUCAAAAACUUAAGCUGGGUCUUUUCAGAUGGCUUCCACGCCUCUGUAGUUCUCAUCAGAACUUCUGCUCUGUGGAAAAAAAGCAAGACAAGAAAAAAGGAGUUUUGUGUGUUCAUGUUUCUCAUCUUGCUUUGCGGGUUUUUACAAGUUUAAGUCACUGGGAGCUUUUCGAUUUCUGCCUUCAAUUUGAACCCUGAUCCAGCACUUGUUAAAAAGACCAUUUGGGAUUUGCGCCUUUUUUUGUCACUUGUCAAAAAAAAUUGGCAGUAAACGUCACAAAUGAUUCUGCGGGCCGCUAAGUCUCCCUAUCACAGGUGAGUGCAACUCUCUCUGCAGACUGGAGUGCAUCCUCCAUCUCUCCUCUCGUCUCAGCUGGAAUGGCCUCUCUUUAUUUCUUCUUUUUCUUCCUUCUCCCUCUUGAAAUCUCACAGCUUUCUUUUUACUGUUGUCUCACAUCCCGCCGUCUUCCUCUGAUAAUCUGCAGCCGAGCUUUUCUUCUUCAUUCAGGCUUCCCUUAUUCGUGUUAUUGGCACAAACGUGAAAACCAAUGAAGUAGUGACGCACAGAGUCGAAUUAAAAGUAAAGUCUAUUUAGUGUGCUGCAUUUUCUUUUAACUAAAACAUCUAUAUCUAGCCUGGGGUAUUUCCUAUUGUGUCACACAGGUUAGCUUAACAAUGUAUUGCUGUAUCAAUAGUUUCUCACACUCCUUCUGAAGACGUCCAUUGUUUGUGAAAUCCACGUAAUGCAUCUAUUUUCACCUGGGACCUGCUUCACAAUGCUGUCAUAGAAAACCCCUGUGUGUGCAGUUUGUACCAGUAUAUGUCUGUGUAGGAUGCAGUCCUCUCUGAAGAUGACAGGUUGCAUUAUAUGUAAUGUUUUAAAUACGUAAAUGAAGGUGCUUUCUGACCAGAAAAAGUCUCCCAAGGAUUUAGGGACCUUUUGAGGAGCUCUCCACAAGACAUAGAGUCUCAGUUUAACUCCAGUAUAACUAAUUUACACCUUAAAAAGCUCAUGCUUGGGGGGUAGUACCUUUUAAAAGGCCCAGAAACGUAAAAAAACAGUCCUAUUUACAUAUAAAAUACCAAAAGCUGUGAGCAACGAGACACACGUGAGGGAGAACAGAUUGUGAAUUGUAUUUCUCACAUAAUCUGAUGUUAAUGAUCAGCUUAGCUCCGCAGAUACACAAAUGUUGACUCUGUUUUAUGUACAUUUACCCCAUAUAAGCAGGUGCCUCUGGUGCCCAGGAAAUUAUAUUGUAUAUUAUAAGAAACCGAUGUUUAAGUCACACACAGGCACACACACCUCUUACAUACUGAUACUGAGACAUUUCAGAUAAGGUUUAACAGGGAGUGAAUAUCUUUUCUUUAAAUAGCAGAGUGACACACAGCUGAGCAGAGAGAGGGGUCAACAGGUAGAGAUACCAAAAGGUGAUAGCAGAAGGGUUACUAAUAUUACUGUGAACUAAUUAUGCAGAAUAAUUAAUGCAGUUUAUCAGCUUUUUUUUUCAGCAAGUUCAGCAGAGACUCAAGUGACAACAUCCACCUAAUGUCCUGUUUUUCAUCGGCUCCAAUUUGAGCAAAUGAUAAUGUGUCACAGAGCUCCCUUAAGAGAAGUUCCUUGAACCUAAAUCCUUUGUACUUCUGGUCAAAAAGCACUUUAAGAAAGUGUGAAAAUACUGAUGAGAAUCAAUAUAUGUAGGGAUUAAGCAGCAGAGAUUACCAAUGUCCACAGAUCAUUGAUCAGGUAUUUCAGUGGACUUGAUUGAAAGUGUUGUUUGUUUACUGAGUUGUGUGCCCUCUAAUGUGUAACCAUCUCUCACCUUUCUUCUGCUGCAGGAGCAAGAAGAGGAACAUACCGAUGGCAGAGCUGCCAGAGGAGGCCCAGAUACUGAAGCGGGCAGCCUGGAGAGCUGCAUCCAGGCGGUAUUAUGCACGAAAAGUAGCCCGCCAGCAGGUAAACCCCUUACGCUCCGCCCCUUUUCCCCCCAUCACAGACUGCUGUUACACACAACCCAUCUCUUUUUCUGAAAAGAGGAAGAAGGCGCUGAUUUCGGAGUUACCUGUAGACUCUCAGUCAUUGCAGAGAGAGGCUUGGAGAGCUUCAUCCAAGAGGUACUACGCCCGAAAAAUGGCCCGCCUGCAGCCUGCCCCCUCACAGUACCUGCUGCAGGGCAUGGAUCCGUCUGAGGAAACACUGGGACCUGACAGAGGAGGAUCUCAUACCAACAGUGGAGGAAUCAUGUGCAGCUGA